CGCGUGACAGACCUCCGACAGGAGAGGGCGAGAUUUCAUCAAAAUCAGUCAACAGGUGAGACAGCGCGUACAAAAUCGGAGUGUGCUCGUGGGACGCCGCCUUUAUCCGGAGCAUGUCGCUCUCUCCCUCUAGUGAAACUAAUGGACCGCCUUCACGCGCCUCCAGCUCCAGAAACAGGGAGAGAUUGCUUCACACACGCACUUCAGCCUCCUCCGCGUUCGCGUGUGCGCGCUCCCGCUAAUUCUCCAACCCUGGGGGAUCGAAGAGGAAGACACUUGUGGCACAGAGUGAUGAAGAGCAGCUGCUUGUAUUCACCACACAGUGAAACCAUUCAGAUUUACUGAGCGCUGCACUCGGAUCUCCAAAGUUUCAAAGAGUCGACCGAUGUGGACAGAUGUGCUGAUCCCGAUCUGAAUGUUCUUCAGUCCAUCAUCAAGUAACAAUCUCUAUUGACAGACAAAAGAGAAGAGGAAGAUCACUGGAGGAGAAGAGAAAGACAGAAGGCUGUUAGAAAGCAAAGAUAGAGGAAGAAAAACAGAGAUAUGAUGGAUCCGUUACCUAUGGAUUCAGGAACAGUGGACGAGUUGGUGGACUUCUGCAUACAAUCCUUUGACAGUGAAGGCAAAAUAAAAGAUCCCUCCUUUGUGAAAAUGUUUCUGAUGAUGCAUCCUUGGUACAUAUCCUCCACCGAUCUGUCCAAGAAACUGCUGCUAAAGUCACAGGAAGGCAGCACUGAUGAGCUCAGAGCCCAAAUAUGCCACCUUGUAAAGUUCUGGAUUUCCGAAUAUCCAGUAGAGUUUGAUCUGAAUCCUGCUUUGGCUGACCAGAUUAAAGACCUGAGAGAGAACUUGAACACUGGCGGCAAUGAAACACAGAGUCAGCUUAUCGAUGUGGAGAGUGUGCCCUCGUAUAAAUGGAAACGUCAGGUUACCCAAAGAGUUCCAUCAGUGUCAAAAAAGAGAAAAAUGUCUCUUUUGUUUGAUCACCUGGACCCCUGUGAGCUCGCUGAACAUCUGACCUAUCUGGAGUACAAAUCCUUCUGCAAGAUAAUGUUUCAGGAUUACCACAGCUUUGUGAUGCACGGCUGUACGGUGGAUAACCCCAUCCUGGAGAGGUUUAUCACGCUCUUUAACAGCGUCUCGCAGUGGAUUCAGCUGAUGGUUCUGAGUAAACCCACCGCACCGCAGAGAGCGGCUGUGAUCGCACACUUCAUACGGGUCGCACAGAAACUGCUGCAGCUGCAGAAUUUCAACACACUGAUGGCGGUGGUCGGGGGUCUCAAUAACAGCUCCAUCUCUAGGCUGAAGGAGACACAGACACACAUCAGCAACGAAACCAAUAAGAUAUUUAACAGCUUGUUGGACCUGCUGACGUCUUGUGGAAACUACAGUCAGUACCGGCGCCGAUUCGCUGAGUGCACUGGUUUCCGAUUCCCAAUCCUGGCUGUAAACCUCAAGGACUUGAUAGCGGUUCAUGUCGCUCUUGUGGACUGGACAGACCCACAGAAGACCCGCGUCAACUUGAUUAAAACUCAGCAACUCUAUGCAAUCCUGCAGGAACUGGCUCUAGUGCAAAGCAAUCCUCCUAACAUCGAGGCCAACACAGACUUACUCAAUCUUCUUACAGUGUCACUGGAUCAGUAUCACACAGAAGAGGAGAUUUACCAGCUCUCAUUACAGAGGGAACCCAGAGCGGCAAAACCAGCGAACUCAACCUCUUCCUCCAGUCCAGCUCCUAAACAACUCUCAAUGAUCGACGAGUGGGCAGCGUCGGUCAAGCCUAAAGCGGACCCUGCUAUCAUCAGCAAACAUAUCGAGAAGAUGGUGGAUUCUGUGUUCACGAAUUUCGACACGAACGGCGACGGAUUCAUCUCACGCGAAGAGUUUGAGUGUAUCAGGAAUAACUUCCCUUAUCUCAGCAAGUUUGGAGAACUUGAUAAAAAUCAGGAUGGAAAGAUCAGCAGAGAGGAGAUGAUUGAUUACUUUAUGAAGGCCAGCUCUUUGCUCAACUGUAAGAUGGGGUUCAUACACACCUUUAUUGAGACCACAUACGUGAAGCCCACUUUCUGUGAACACUGCACUGGCUUUAUAUGGGGCUUUUAUAAACAAGGAUACAAAUGCAAAGUCUGUGGUGUGAACUGUCAUAAAGCAUGUCAUGGACGCCUGACGAUCGAAUGCCGUAAAAGAACGAAGAGCAUCAGUCAUGAGACUCCACCGUCUCUGCAGUCCAGAUCCUACAGCUUCCCUCUGCCCAGCAAUGCCCCGUCUAACCUGCAGAACCAAGUCAUCACAGAAGAGGAUGUUGAAGCGGCUGAGCAGGGUGUAUUUGACUGUCAUCUCUAAACUGCAUGUCAACAAGGAGUCUUGUAUUGGGUCAUGUUUCUGAAGUUGAAGUCAAUUUUCAUCGAAGGAAAAAGAUCUAGAUUUAGAAUUGAAUGGUGGGGAUGGACUGUGUUCGCUCACUCACACGGUGAGACAUGGACAUGCUGCUAUCUGCUGGACUGUAGCUGCAACUGAACAGACCAACCACCUCUUCCCUGUGAAGUCUGAAGUCUGAAUGUAAUCUCACACAUAUCUCAAAAUCUCAAGCAUACUUGUAGGAUUUAACAUUAUGGUGUAUAUUCCUCCAAGGUUGCGUGAAAUACCUUGAUUUUACUUUUUUUUAAUAAAAAAAAAGAAAGAGAAGGAGGAAUCAUUGUCAAAUUUCAGUGACUGUGUUCUGAGGUACAGACUUUUUUUAAGUACUUUUACUGUAGUAAUAAGACAUUUUUGUGUUUGUGUGUGUGUGAAUGCAACUAAAUUGGAGCUUGAUGUCACCAAAUCAGUUGCAGCUGGAUUUCAGUGUAAACUCAUGGUGCCAUAGAUCAGGUGUGUUUGUGUCUGAAAUAUUAUGCAAUCAACUGUAAUGUUCUUUAAAAUCUAAUUCAUGGGGAAGAAAAAAUAACUUUUUUUUUUUUUCAAAUGAAUCUAUCUUCUUGAGAUAAAAUUAGUUGAUACUCCAGCUGUAACUAAUGCAUCCAUGUUGAAAGCUGAUAAAAAAAAAGUAAAAAUUAAAAAAAAAAAAAUAUAUAUAUAUAUAUAUAAAUAUAUAUACACACACACACACACAAAGCAA